AUGCAAGGCUUUGGCGGCCAUGGUGGGUUCGGCGGUGGUGAAAGGACGCCUCUGUUAUCUCGCGGAGAGGGACGAAAGAGGAAUGAUCCUGAGGGGAACAAUGGAUUGUCAGACCUGGAGCAUGGAGAUGCUGUACAGGCUGCAAAUGUCAGCUUCGCGCGAGUUCUUGCACUUGCAAAACCUGAUGCAUGGAAGCUGAUUCUUGCUACCAUAGCUCUCUUAAUUGCCUCCACAUCAAGCAUUCUCAUUCCCAAGUAUGGUGGCAAGAUAAUCGACAUCGUUUCAGGAGACUUGGACACGCCUGAAGAGAAGAACGAAGCUCUAAAUGCUGUGACCAAUACCAUACUAGAAAUCUUUGUGAUUGUUGUUGUAGGCUCUGUCUGCACAGCUCUUCGGGCAUGGUUAUUUUCUUCGACUAGUGAACGGGUGGUUGCACGUUUGAGGAAGAGCCUAUUCAGUCACCUUAUUAACCAGGAAAUAGCCUUCUUUGAUGUUACUAGAACUGGGGAACUACUGAGCCGCUUAUCCGAAGACACACAAAUCCUAAAGAAUGCUGCAACUUCUAAUCUUAGUGAGGCAUUGAGGAACGUGUCGACUGCAGUUAUUGGCCUUUUCUUUAUGUUCUCAACUUCCUGGAAGUUAACCUUGUUGGCUUUGGUUGUUGUACCUGUUAUUUCUAUGGCGGUACGAAAAUUCGGCCGUUUCCUGCGUGAACUUUCUCACAAGACUCAAGCUGCAGCAGCAGCUGCUGCUUCAAUUGCUGAGGAAUCUUUUGGUGCCAUAAGGACUGUAAGAUCAUUUGCUCAAGAAGCUUAUGAGGUGUCACGUUACUCUGAGAAAGUUGACGUGACAUUGAACCUUGGACUUAAACAAGCUAAAGUUGUUGGGCUCUUCAGUGGAGGGAUGAAUGCAGCAUCAACACUAUCAGUUAUUGUUGUGGUGAUAUAUGGAGCAAAUUUAACAAUAAAAGGCUAUAUGACUGCUGGUGCUCUUACUUCAUUCAUUCUAUACAGCUUGACAGUUGGAUCAUCUAUAUCAGGAUUAUCAAGUUUGUACACAGUGGCAAUGAAAGCUGCUGGUUCGAGUAGGAGGGUUUUCCAGCUUCUGGAUCGGAUCUCAACCAUGCCAAAAUCGGGAGACAAAUGUCCUUUGGGCGAUCAAGUUGGUGAAGUGGAGUUAAAUGAUGUCUGGUUUGCAUAUCCAUCCCGUCCUAGCCAUAUGGUACUCAAGGGAAUAUCAUUGAAACUUCAGCCUGGCUCAAAAGUUGCUCUUGUGGGACCUAGUGGCGGAGGAAAAACAACAAUAGCAAACUUGAUCGAAAGGUUCUAUGAUCCAACAAAGGGAAAGAUUCUCAUAAACGGAGUUCCUCUGGUUGAAAUAGCCCAUGAACAUCUUCACAGAAAGAUCAGUAUAGUGAGCCAAGAGCCUGUUCUUUUCAAUUGUUCAAUAGAGGAAAACAUAGCCUAUGGCUGUGAUGGAAACAUAAGCAGCUCUGAAAUAGAAAAUGCAGCCAAAAUGGCCAAUGCACAUGAGUUUGUGUCGAACUUCCCCGACAAGUACAAAACUCAUGUAGGAGAGCGUGGGAUAAGGCUGUCUGGAGGUCAGAAACAAAGAAUAGCAAUUGCCAGAGCGCUACUUAUGAACCCCAGGAUUCUUCUCCUCGAUGAAGCCACAAGUGCUCUGGAUGCUGAGAGUGAAUACCUAGUCCAGGAUGCAAUGGAUUCUCUGAUGUCCGGAAGAACUGUCCUAGUCAUAGCUCACAGGUUAUCAACAGUCCAAAGUGCCGACACUGUUGCUGUCGUUUCUGAUGGCCAGAUCGUUGAGAGCGGCGGACAUGAAGAGCUACUCAGCAAGAAUGGAGUCUACACAGCACUAGUGAGGAGGCAACUACAAGGAUCCAGAACUGAGUCAGCAGCUGACCAGAAUACCAUAGUCUAG